CUCUCACACUCACACUCACCUCUCUCUCACACUCACACUCACCUCUCUCUCACACUCACACUCACCCUCUCUCUCGCUCACACCCUCUUUCACACACUCUCUCUCUCACAUCCAUAUAUACAUACGCACACUCUCACACGCACGACGCGCGCUCUCUCUCUCCCCUUUCUCUCUCUUCCCCCGCGCUCUCUCUGCUUUCCCCCGCUCCGUCAGCCGCUUCACUCGUGCACAGCACGCUUUCGUCCACCUGCGCUGUGCGUUCGAUCUGAUCUGUCAUCUCGUCCCCCCAGAAAGCAGUAAAAUAAAAGAAACAAGAUCCCAUCUCUCGAUCGAGAUUCGACGGCGGGCUCUGGCCUGGGUGAACUCCGACCAUCCGCCUCGCGACCCGGCCGGCGUCAACCCUCCUUCACCCGGCCUCCAAGCACGAGCAAAGUGCAGCAGGCUAGAGACAAACAGUCGUCGGAAGAGGACGUGACGUGCGGUGUACAGCUGCGGCUUGAUCGGAGCUAUCCCAAUCGACGGUGCCAGCCCCCGUCUGUGGGUGAGCCGUAGUCAGGACUAGUACCUCAGUAGUGAGCCAGCCCGCUUCGGACCCGUCUUGGACAGUGCAUGCGUGUGCACCUGGCUGCUGCGUGCCCCUCUUUGAUCUGUUAGACGCCCGCCCGCUGCAGCAAAGCGACUUGCCAUCCGCCCUCGCUCGCCAGUGGCGGCUCCCAGCCAGCGAACGAGACUUCGUUCUUAUCGCACCUCGCUCUGCCUUCUCUGCUGCACCACCUCCUUCGACCGUUCCGCACGCAUCUUGCCCUCGCUCCCACGCCUUGCACCAUCCCCUCCAACUCCAUCCUGACCCUCCGCCACCGUUUUCCUUUGCCUCCAUCCCUCUUGCCUGCCCACCGCCGCGGUCCUUGAGCUUUGGCAUCCUCCGCUCGCCUCCCGUACAUGUGUCCGCGAUCGAUCGGCCAGUUUGUUUCGUCCGGUCCGGUGUCAAAUCUCAGCCUCGUUUCUGCCGCCGACCAUUUAACCACCUCCGCCUCGGAAUCGCACGCCUGAGUCGCGGCCUGGCACGACCCGGUGCCUGACACGCCUGCAGCUCUGGAGCAAACCAAUUUGCGCUCGAAACACUGCCCUUGGCCCUUGCUGUGAGCAGGUCUGAUUCAUCAUCUCCUGUCUGCCUGCGUACCGAGACCGCCCCGUCCUUAAGAGCGCCACCACCACCAUGACCGACUUUCAAGCGGUCAACGCAACAUCCGUGUCCAUGGACCAGAAGCCGCGCCCCGAAGCGUCCACGCCUACCACUCCGCGACCGUCGAGCACUGGAUUUUCGUCCGCCAAAUCCCAGGACGUGCCUGGCGAGGUCGUCGACAUGGAGGAUGCGAAGACCCCAACGAGGGAAAGCUUUGCAGGAAUGGUAAGCCAGAAGCCGCUGCCUUCGUCGCCACUGCAGUCCCAUUCCAGAGCCGACAGCAAGAUGGACGCUCCAGCUGCGCAGAAGCGCGAGGGCUCAAGUCGCGCGACCCAGUCGACGGAUGAACACCAAGAUACAGAGAUGGCGGAUGCAAAGGACGGCGCGGAAGCUUCCGGUGACGAGAGCAACAGCGACGAGCGACCGUCGAAGAAAAAGAAGGGCCAGCGUUUCUUCUGCACAGACUUCCCGCCGUGCAACCUGAGCUUCACAAGAAGCGAGCACCUGGCCCGCCAUAUCCGGAAACACACAGGAGAGCGACCUUUUCAAUGCCACUGUUCACGGCGAUUCUCACGCCUGGACAACCUUCGACAGCAUGCCCAAACCGUGCACGUGAAUGAAGAUAUCCCUGGUGACUCUCUCGCGGCAACAGGCACGCGCUUCCAGAGGCAGAUACGGACGGACCGGGUACGACCCGCUGGAGCGCGAUCGCGAGCCUCGACACUGGGAAGUGGAGGAGGCCACAGUAGAGGCCACAGUAGAAACUUGUCGUCGUCCAGCAUCACAUCUGUCGCUUCCACCGUGUCCAGCAUGGGUGGAGAAGACGUCAUGCGAAGAUCCACGCCAGUUGUGACGGGCGAACGCACGCACCGCUCGAGACUGAGCCUUGAUACAUUCGGCUCGACCGUCACGGGAAGCCCUGCACAGCAGCACUUCUUCCCUCCUCCCAGUGCUCCUGGAGCUCCUGGAACCCAGUCGCCCAGCGGCUACAGCACUCCGACGUCGACGACGUUCUCUCAAGGUACCGGCAGCCCGCGCUUCUCAUCUGGCUUCCACUCUCCGGCUUCGACUUCGAUACCAAGAUCGGUCACUUUUGAGCCGCGAACGCCAGGUAGACGCCUCUCAGUACCAUCCGCAGCAGCCUUCACGCCCCCGAGCAAUUCCAGCUACACCUCGCCAUACCACAGUUCGGUUCAUUCCGCUUCAGGAAACAGCAGCGUCUUUGCCAGCCCAGGUAGUUCCGGCUUCGGUCACUCCCGCGCUGAAUCAGCGUCCUCCAUCGACGUCGACUUGAAGCGUCGAACUUGGCACCCGAAUGUCAACACGGGGCUGGUCCCUCGUCCAGGCGCAAGUGGACUUCAGCAAUAUCAAGCGCCCGAGCAGCCACGCCCCUUGUUCGCGUCCGACAAGCCGAGCACUGGCCCGCCCACGCUGACGUUGCCGGGAAUCGAGAGUUUUGAUCAUGCACCACCUCUUCCAAAUAUGCCUCGCAGAGUGCUGAGCCCCAUGCAGAUCGAUCCGCCUCAGCCUCAGUCUCUGAGCAGUGCUGUCUCACAGUCGCAUGUUGAGCCGCGUGAUAAUCGGCUGUCUUGGGAUAGCACUCUGCAACGGGGCCUCUCAAGCAUAGAGUUGGAGCGGGCAAGCCAACAAGCGGAGCGUGGUCAGGCCUCGUUUGGCCCUGUUGCCACACACGCGCCAGAUCCUCCUCGACCAAGCACGUCCCACGUCACUUUCCAAGAGCCUCCUCGCACGUCCCUCGACAGUCACCGCAACCGCCUGAGUGAUGAUGGUGGGUUGCCGAGCCGUAAACGGAUGGCCUGGUACAAUGGGCCGGUGCAGCACCAAGGACAAAGUCCGUACGCGCCGUCCUCAGGGCCUCGUACCUCGCCAGACGAAUCCGGCAGCAGUGACGGCGUGCCCACACCGGGCAACAGUGCAUUGCACGAGGCGAACCCAGCCAUUGUACAUAGUAACGGCUAUGUCGAGCAAAGGCCCCUCAACCAUCCGGUUCACGAGCUACCAGUAAAAAUGCAUGGCCCACCGCCACACUACACGCCCAGCUUCGCGAGCAAUUCGAUUCCACAGUACACUCCAUAUCAACAUCUCCCACAUCAAGCGCAAAACGCAACCUACGCUCUACAUCAGGCCCAACAAGCGCCAGGCCAAACUUACCAAAGGCCGGCUACAUCGGGUAAUGACAUGCAGCGACUCGAAGCCCUUGUGGCUGUCGCUACGCAAGAAAAUCGCGUUGUGAGCGGCAGGUAGAACAAUGCCGCCCGUCCCACGUUUCUCACUCUUCCGCGGGUCAUGUUUCAUCAACGUCCAACGUCUCAGGCCACCUGCUUUGCCCUCACGCAAGGCCGUCCUUCCGCUAAAACGAUUUCAUAAACAUCUACGAACCAUGAUUGCAUCCGAUCCAUCCGAUCUAUCGAAACCCGAGAUACAAGCAGGCGCUCUCGAGGUCGGAGAGUAGAUCCUCAUCACACACGAAUGUCACGAAGUAACGAACAAACAGCUACUUUUUAUUUUUGCCUCUCACCUCGUGGUUUUGAUUUGCUUCAUCAUAACAUGAUACCUCUGCAUUGAUUUUAAACCACACAGUUUUAUGCUCUUUACGUAUGCCGGCAUGUUGUUACGCAUGAUACCCGAGAUGGAUUAAUGAUUGGGAACACAUUGUUUGUUGGGUUUAGCAGAGUCGAUUCUUGGGGACUCAAAACUUUUUGUUUGUUUUCCCUACCCUCCUAGCUGCACCUCAUCGAAACGAAAGCGUUCUGCUAGAGUUUUUCUGCUCCUAGCUCCUUUUCUUUACAAUAUGGAUAUCUUUCUUCUCCACCCCCACCUCCAUAUUGGGCCUUCUUCGGCGGAAAUUGCACGAACCAUCACUGGCGGAAGAAAGGAGGAUGUUUUGAGCAGGUUGAUCAUGGUUUCUCUAUUCCUAUUUGGGCUGUAUUGAGGCGGCUUCGUUGAUGUUGAGAUAUCCGGUCGCUACAUGCGAUAGCACUGCAAUCAAGCUAGUCCCACUCUCGUCU